CAACUUGGCUCCUCCCUUCCCCGCGUGUGGCUGCGACGCGGGCCUCCAGUGCUUCUACAUCCACAACUGGAAUUACACCCCACCUAUUUGAAAUCCCAUUGUACUUACUAUUGCUCCAUUUAGAACGGCACGCUGGCCGAUCCGAUCCUCGCCCCGACGCGUCCACAACGUGCCUCUAGUUGGUUGUGGUUGUCAUCGUCGUGUGGGGUCCCUCUACCGACUGUCUCUCAUUCACAGGCGGGUCUGGUUUCUAAGCCCUGGGCUGUUGCAGAGCGGGUGCACUUGGUGGGGUGUAUCGUCCGAGGCGCGGUAGUGAUGUGCGAUUCAUGUGCGUUGCUGUUCCCUCCCCCUCUUUCACCCGUUUGUGAUUACGAGCGCAUCAGCGAGAACUUGGGGGUGGCUUUUGCGGAUGUUCGCCCUCGGGGACUGAGGAUUCUAGAGCGGUGUUUCGGUAUUCGGGUGGAAGAGAAUUUUAGGAAAAUGAAAAUGAGAGGAACAUGGAGGAUGCUAUCUGUUUUGGCAAUGUUAGCUUUGCUUUCCUUUUUUAUGGUUAUUCCUGUGGACGCACAAAACACGAGUACUACUCAGGCUCCUAGUUCUGGAGACGUAUGUGCGAAAUGUGACGCACAUGCAACCUGCUAUGAAACUCCUACCAGAAGGUUCUGCGAUUGCCAUUCCUUUUACUCGGGCAAUGGCUACUCCUGCAAAUUCGAAAUGUGGCGUUUAGUCCUGUACGUGAUUUUUUCAGUACUCGCAUUCGUCUGCGUGUUCUACUUGUGUCUGUCAUGCCUUGGAUAUAGCAGACGGUAUCAAGAAUCUACUGCUUAUCCCAUGCAACCUAUGGGAAAUGCCCCGUAUGGUUAUCCUCCUGGUCCAAAUCAAUCCACUGCGUAUCCGGCUAUGUAUAGCUAUCCUCCAUUCAAUGGGUACCCUCCGCCAGCUGAUUAUCCACAAACUGGAUAUCCUGUGAGUGGAUGUCCUCCUCCUCCUGCCCCUCCUGCUCCUCCAGUAGAGCACAGUUCAAAGGUUCCUGGGCCUUCGGGGUCUGAAGGGAUGGAUAAGGCGCCUGGGGCCUCCACAAGUCACGCUGGACCAGCCCAGUAAUUUGAUUCCCCCUGGUGCAUCAGGAACUCAGCAAGGUAAUUCUUUGCCAGGUUGUAGCUUUCGCGAUGCAAUAUUAUCAUCCAUCAGAUACUUGGAGUGCUCCUAUUUCUCCGAGGGCUUUCAGGUUGUACAACAGUUUAAGUUUUUGCUAUCUGACAGAUUGCUUUCCACGAUCUCGUAACAUGGUUUAUAGUUGCAGAUCGUGUAUAUGGCAAAGAGUUUUACUGUAUGAGUUGAUCAAAAUUGUAUAGAUGCUCUUUGCUUCAGUUUUGGACUCA